CUAUGGAGGGGUCCUUUAACAACCCGGAAGUGUCGCUCUCACAUGUUGUUGUGUACAUUCACCGGUUGCUUAGCACAGUUACCACGCUGUGUGUCAUUAUAGGCAUAACAUUCGGUGUCAUUAGACACAACAGUGAAAAAUAAGAAGAUGAAAGUGGUCGCGUUGAUAAGUGGGGGCAAAGACAGCUGCUACAACAUGAUGCAGUGUGUUUCUGCUGGGCACCGAAUCGUAGCUCUGGCCAACCUCCGUCCUGCUAACACAGAUGAGUUGGACAGCUACAUGUACCAAACAGUGGGCCAUCAGGCCAUAGACCUGUAUGCUGAAGCCAUGGAUCUGCCUCUGUAUAGACGCACCAUCCAGGGCUCCAGCCUGGACACCAGCAGAAACUACAGUCAGACGGAGGGGGACGAGGUGGAGGACUUGUAUGAGCUGCUGAAGCUUGUCAAGGAAAAGGAGGAUGUCGAGGCAGUGUCCGUGGGGGCCAUUCUCUCGGAUUAUCAGAGGGUCCGUGUGGAAAAUGUAUGUUUGCGGCUUGGUUUGCAGCCCCUGGCCUACCUGUGGCGCCAAGACCAAGAGUCCCUCCUCUCUGCGAUGAUAUCAUCUAACCUCAACGCUAUCCUCAUCAAAGUUGCCGCCUUUGGCCUGGAUCCAGAGAAGCACCUGGGAAAACCUCUGGCAGACAUGGAGUCCUAUCUGAAACAGCUCUCCCAGAAGUAUGGAGUUCACAUUUGUGGAGAAGGAGGUGAAUAUGAAACUUUCACCCUUGAUUGCCCCCUCUUCAAAAAGAAGAUUAUCAUAGAUGCAGCAGAGACAGUGAUACACUCAGCAGAUGCCUUCGCUCCAGUUGGCUACCUCCGCUUCACCGCGAUGCACACAGCGAGCAAAGACGACGAUGUGGUGGCGAGAGCUUUGCCCCAUGGUAGUUGUCCUUGCCAGAGCGCCAUUGACAAGAUGACUGAGGAGGUGGAAUAUGCUGAUCAAGCUGAAGACAACCGGCAAGAAUUUACAUCAAAUUGUGACCUUAGUUGUCAGCGGGGCCACGAUCUUCCUCCAUCCUGCUCACUCAAAAGCUCUAAAGGCUACCAGUGGAUCUCUGGCAUCAACGGUCUUCAGAACCAAAAUCCUGGUAUCCAGGGCCAGACUUCUGCAGCUUUCAACCAGCUGCAAAGUGAGUUGGACAGCAGAGGUUGGAAGAUGAAGGACAUUAUCCUGGUACACCUGUAUGUGAGGUGCAUGGGCGACUUUGGUCCACUCAACGCUGUUUACAAGCAACACUUUGGCAUCAACCCUCCGGCCAGGGUGUGUGUCCAGGCUCCCCUCCCUGCUGGUCAGCUGCUGCAGAUGGACUGCUUGCUCCAUGACUGGACUGAGCCCCUUGAGGAAGGCUGCUUCCACCAGAAGGAUGCCCUACAUGUCCAGAGCAUAUCUCACUGGGCCCCUGCAAAUAUCGGGCCCUACAGCCAGGCCUUCAGGGUGGAUGAGUCAGUUUUCUGCGCAGGCCAAAUUGCUAUGGUCCCCUGCACCAUGCAGCUGGUGAAAUCUGGCACAAGGACACAGGCCCGCUUGUCCUUCAGCUAUGUGAAGAAAGUUCUGGAGGCCGUAAUCGGCAGUCUGACUCUAACUCACGUUCUCCAGGCCCACUGCUACACCACAAGACACCAAGACAUCCCCAUCAUCAGGGCCGUGUGGGAGAGCAUGCUGAGGGCCACUGAGGAAGAGAAGGACUUGUUGUGGGAGCCCGAGUUCAAACCUCCACCACUGUUGGUCGCUGUGAUGCCUGCCUUACCCAGGAGUGCAGCAGUUGAGCUUCACGUCACUGCAGUUCAGGAUGAUCCCACCAAAAGGACUUCCUGUCACAUGACUACCAAGUUUGCUUCCGGAUCCAUUGAGAGCCACACUGUCAUGUCUGCUGACAGGUGCAGCGCCUCACUUUCACUCUCUCUCACUGUGCCUGGUGGUAGCCUGGAGGUCAAGGAUGAGGAGGGUGUAACAGACCAAGUAGGAGCUACAUUCAAUAAAGCCAUGAAGAAGAUGGAGGCUGAGCUGGUGCCUCUGUGUGCCAGAGUGUUCUACAAGUGCAACCACUCUCUGGCACAGAAAAUAGUUGAAGGCCUCGGAGAGAGUAUGAGAAACUCGCUAGGGGAGUCCAGUCCAUCUGUAUCCCUGGUUCCAGUCCUGGACUUGCCUGACUCACAGAUCCUCCACCUGUCCUGCUGGCUCAAUUUAUAGAAAAGCUGCCAGAGUCAACAACCGGACUGCAGUCAUCCACUGCACUGGAAUUCAGUGGGGCUUCUCUGGAAGAGCAACUGACAUCCCAACACCUAAUGACUUACAACGGUACAUCAGUGAAUGUGGAAAAGAAGAACUGCAUAACUGCUCAUUAAUUUUGACUGUUUAUCACUGCCAGUUGUUGAAAAGCAAAGCUGUGCCUGUCUCCAAGUGGUUUUUGAUGAUGUGCGGUUUUGAGGAUGUGUUUAUUCCACUUCAUAUCCCAGAACUUGGGCCUAUAAUUCACUUUGUCCUUCACUGGAGUUGUUUGCUGUAGCAGCUGUUAUUUUAGCUUUGAGAUGAGUCUCAUGGAACUUCUAUAAGCCACAGCUGCAUACCAGAGGACUGGAGACCAUAGACUACAAAAGGAGACACCAGCGGUGUCCUGUACCACCGGGCGAUAAACUGUAUCCCCUGAUGUCCCACUGUUUCUGCUGGAAUUUCUCUUAGCACACUAGCUAACACCCCUCAUAAAGGCCUAGCGCCACCGUUGACACCAUCUGCUCAGUUGUAAACCUAUGGAUUUACUGUGUGACUGGUGUGUGUCUGUGUGUAAUGUGUGUAAGUGUGUCUCCCCCUCGUGCUCGAUGGGAUUCAAGGUGUGUUAUUAUUGUGUAAUAGGCAAUCAGCGCAGAGCACCUGAAAAGAUUAAGCCUCUUUAUGUUUUCUAUUGAUUCUAAGGCAAACUGGUUAAUAGAAGAGGGACGCUAGCUGCAGGGCAGGUGUGUGUGCUGUGUGUAUGCGCAUGUGUGUGUGUAUGUGUUGGAGGUGUCAAUGGACACAGUGUAACAAUGCGGGAAGAAAAUAACGCUAUUAACCAUUGCUCCUGGAACAUUUCUUUUCUCAAAGAUCAUGAACCAUAUUGAUGAUCUGAGUCGGAAUGCAUCUUUACUCCGGCUAUUCUCUUGAUCGCGCUCGUGAUGGCAAGAGAGCGGAGUGGGCUAUUGAUCUUCACCCACCACAAUGUUGUUUUGAUUGUUGUUAUCAAAAAUUGAACAAUAGAGGCAGCCAAUAGAGCCUGAAGAGUUUUAUUGAGGGUUGAAAAACACAAACAAGCUAUUAUUUAUGAGAGCGAGCAAGACAAUGCCCAAUGAACAUACAGUGUGUGUGAAUGUUUCAAUUUUUGAGAGUUGUUACUAUGAAAAAGUGGGUAACUAAUGAGGUGCUUAAUGUUGAGAUGACACACAUACUGUAUAUCUGGUUAAAUUUGAGCGUUUUCAAGGUAAACAUUUUUGUAAAAGACAUUUCUGCAAGGCUGCUUUUCUUGUCAAAGUACUUUCUUUUAUUUUUCUUAGUUAAUGUUGCAGCGCUAAGAAGACAUGCGCCCCCCUUUUGAGAUGGCUUCAACUAUAAAAAAGCAUGUAACUUUACAAUUAAAAUUUGGUAUUCAUACA